AUCAGCUAAGGUGAAAGAGAGAGAAGAUAAAUUCAUUUUUAUAUACAUUUUAUUCGAUUUUUUGACAAUUUAAUUUGAUUGUUUUUUCAACAAUUUAUUAACUCUUAACUUUAAUUUAUAGAAAAGCUACUUCAUCCUUAUCAUCUUCUCUCUCUUUCUCCCCUUUCCCUUUAACUCCCUCUUCUUCUCUUUCUUUCCACUCUCACUUUUUCUCUUUCUUUUUUAUCAUCUCUUUCCUUUUCUUCUUUCUAUCAAUUUCUUCUCUAUCUAUAUAUUUCUCUCUCUCUUUCUCACUCUAUCUAUCUGUCUCUCCCUGUCUCUCCUUGUCAGUUCUUUCAGAUUCAGUCUCCUUUUAAUCUACCUUCGCCUUUUUUUCUGUGUUUAUCAAUUUCAACCAUUUCAACACUUCUCACCAAAAAUCACUACUUUUACAGCUACUUCGGCUGCUCCUUGUUUUGUGUUGCCUCUUAUUUUGUUUGCAAAAGCAUCUCUGGUCUCUGCACUUUUCCUUGUUUUAUAUAUAUACAUAUAUAUUCAUCAUCAUCUAUACACAUCCACCAUACUCAGCACAUCUAACCAUCCAAAAAACAUCUUUAGUGAAUUAACUGAUUGAUCUACUCUAUUGGAAGCUGGAACCGCCUCAUCUAACAAGCCAAAAUUGGAUCCAUCUUUUCCAGAAUGGCCUGCUGUCUAUCAGAGGAGGCCAAGGAACAACGUAGGAUUAACCAAGAAAUCGAAAGGCAGCUAAGAAAAGACAAAAGGGAUGCCAGACGCGAAUUAAAGUUAUUGCUUUUAGGAACCGGAGAAUCUGGUAAAAGCACCUUUAUCAAGCAAAUGAGAAUUAUCCAUGGAAGUGGAUAUUCAGAUGAAGACAAGAGAGGAUUUAUUAAACUUGUCUUCCAAAACAUUUUCAUGGCUAUACAAAGCAUGAUAAAAGCCAUGGAUAUGCUAGGUAUAUCUUAUAAGGAUAUAAAAAACAAAGAAAAUGCCGAAUUGGUUCGGUCAGUGGACUAUGAAACAGUUACAUCAUUUGAACCCCCUUUUGUCGAAGCCAUCAAAAGUUUAUGGGCUGAUCCUGGUAUCCAGGAAUGUUAUGACAGGAGACGAGAGUAUCAAUUAACAGACUCUGCCAAAUACUAUCUAAGCGAUAUUGAUAGAAUCGCCUCUCCAGAAUAUUUACCCACCCAGCAGGAUAUUCUCCGAGUUAGAGUACCAACUACAGGUAUCAUUGAAUACCCAUUCGAUUUAGAUUCUAUCAUUUUUAGGAUGGUAGACGUAGGUGGUCAAAGGUCCGAGAGACGAAAAUGGAUCCAUUGUUUCGAAAACGUAACCUCAAUUAUUUUUCUGGUUGCCUUAUCCGAGUACGACCAGAUUCUAUUCGAGUCAGAUAACGAGGUGAAUCGUAUGGAAGAAAGUAAAGCGUUAUUUAAAACAAUAAUAACGUACCCGUGGUUCCAGAAUUCGUCAGUAAUUCUAUUUCUAAACAAAAAAGACCUGUUAGAUGAAAAGAUAAUGCAUUCACAUCUCGUCGACUAUUUUCCAGAAUACGAUGGCCCAAAGAAAGAUGCAAUUCAUGCGCGGGAGUUCAUUCUGAAAAUGUUCGUCGAUUUGAACCCCGACAGCGAAAAGAUAAUUUACUCUCAUUUCACAUGUGCCACGGACACGGAGAACAUUCGUUUCGUGUUUGCUGCGGUAAAAGACACUAUAUUGCAGCUAAACUUAAAAGAAUACAAUUUGGUGUAGCCAGUAUUACAAAUUUCUUCCUUUUUCCAUUAAAUAAGAAUUUAAUAAAUACCAUUCUGUUUCAAA